AUGUCGUCGAGUCGGAUUUCUAGAGGACUUUCAGGAACAGCGAAGAAUUCAGUCUCAAUGGUCCAGUAUAAAAAAUUGACGGGAAAGUCUGACGAAGAAUUGCAACGAAUUUUUGAGAAGGAAAUGCGCCUGGGCGUCUUGUCUACGCAGAAUCUACUGUAUCCCUUUCCUGGCAUGCAGCGCCCAGUGGUUCCGGAAGAUUCCGAGGUCCACCGUGAAGAAGCACAAGAGCAAGUCAGUGAGGUGUUGGACAAGUUCAGCAUUGAAGACCAGAUCGAGUCAACGCGCAUUCAAGCACAAAUUCUCGCUCUGGACAGUCUUCGCCGAGCAGCAGAAAACGCAGACAAUUUGAACUUCACCUGGGAGGACGACAACGCUAUUCUCAACACGCAGACCUUCUGGGAAAGCUACCUGAUUAUCGAACCCCUUAAAGAACUCGGUGCUAAGUGUUCGAUGGUGCCAUGCCCGCAAAUCUUCAACAAAGAAGUGCCUCUAACGAAAGUAGAGGGAAACGAGAUUAACGAUGACAGGUUACUCUCGGUCGUCUGCCCUUCGUCUGGAGGAAGAACGAAAGAAAGACUUGAACUCGUGAUGCGAAACAUUCGAGACGUCUUGCGCAUCCGGGGCUUUUGGGUUCGCGACUUUGAUGAUCCAUCGAUUAGCGAAGACUUGAGCAAUCAUAUUCGAGAUGGAAAGUUCAGUGUUGAGUGCAUCAAUGGUUGUACUGUUCUUCGUGAGAUGCGCAAACCGGUCACCAGUGCGUUGCUGAUAACGAACGCCCAGAACUACGACGAAUUACCGCUGCUGAUUCUUCAAGAGUACACUAAAGUUCAACAGACAAUGGAGGGACUUACUGCAUUUUUUUACAAAACAGGAAUCGAUAAACGAUUCUUGGGCGCUGACGGCGAUGUGUUGGAUAGACAGCUUUACGAAAUCUACUUCAAAAACGUCUUCUUUUCAUAUGCAAAGUCCUGGAUUGUGGCACCGUGCGGCGGUUUUUUCGUUGUUAAAUAUUCCACUCUGCCUAUUGAUCCGACAACACGUGCAAAGUCGUAUACGAACUCUUUUUACGGCUCCACAGUUUCGCUUCUCGGACUCCAAACUUAUGCUCAUCAGACUUUGUCGGGUAAUUUGAUUGCCGCUUGUCGUAAUGGAGAACUGAAGGAUCAACUUGACUCUUCCGUCACGCGCUCACUUAUUGAGUUUGAAAUGUCUGGCGACUGCGAGACGAAGACUCGCUUUCUGGCAGAGCACUCUCCGGAGCACUCCUUCAUCCGGAAUUUAUCCAAGGAGACCCUAAAGAAAGCAUCAAGCCUGGAGAGAAUCAAGCUUGGCUACAAAGUGUACUUUAGUUCGCGCUCCGAGUUGCAGCGAGAGUAUAACCUGCUUUAUGACCAAUUCGGACUCCGUGAAUUCGGUCUUAUCACCACAGCAUCGAUGAUAGCUGCCACAGGUGUUUGCUUUUACCGGGCAAGAAAGCUGAGAACGAGCAUUUUCGGAAACAGACGAUCCUUGACGAUAGGGCAGAAGAUCAAAACUUUGGACAAGACGGAACAGCAAGGAAGUUAUAGAAGGCUAGUCCUGACAAAUACACUUGUCUUGGCUGGAACACUAGUGGCAUGCGAGACUUACGGCAAUUAUGUCUUUGGGUCAAACUUGGUUCACGCGUUAACGGAAGGAGAGAUACGGAUGCUGUCGUCAAAGAAAGCACAAGAUCUUGUUUUCCAUGCGGCUGGGGGGACCGAUGAACAGGAUCUUGAUCAUAAUCCUUCGAUAUGUCGAAUGAAAAGCCAUGCGAACGUUGUUUGCGAAGGAGCAACAGAUGCUCCCAGUGCAGCAUCGGAGAAGUUGGCUGAAACACAUGGCAUGCCCGGGAUGACUCUCCUUUCCAUUCCAAUGAUUCGUCACGGACUGUCAAGGACGGGAUCCAGUGUCGUGAAAAAUUUUGUUCAAGGAAUCUGCUUUUCGAUACCCGUCGCUCUGGGUGGAAAUGUUGUUUACAGUCGUAUGGAAACUAUGAAGGCGAUACGGAACCAGAGUUUCACAAAAUCCUUCCCAGACGGAUUCAUAAAAAGAGCUGUCUUGGUGGAGUUGUCAUCGCUUCCCUCUGAGGAGAAGCUUCGACUGAUUGCCGAAAUCUCAUCUUAG